UGUAAAAAGUCCUCCAUGAUGCUCGGAGCAGUUAAAAUGGAAGGACACGAACACACCGACUGGAGCACCUACUACGGAGAGCCCGAGUGUUACACCUCGGUUGGCAACAUGAACACGGGCCUGGGAAUGAACUCUAUGAAUACCUACAUGAGCAUGUCCGGCAUGAACACCGGUGCCAACAUGACGGCCAACUCCAUGAACAUGUCAUACGUCAACACGGGCAUGAGCCCCUCCAUGACCGGCAUGUCACCCGGCACCGGAGCCAUGAACGGCAUGGGCGCAGGCAUGACGGCCAUGAGCGCAGCCCUGAGCCCCAGCAUGAGUCCCAUGACCGCGCAGCCCGCAUCCAUGAACGCCCUGACGUCUUACACCAACAUGAACGCCAUGAGCCCCAUAUACGGACAGUCGAACAUCAACAGGUCCAGAGAUCCUAAGACCUACCGCCGGAGCUACACGCACGCCAAACCCCCGUAUUCCUACAUUUCCCUCAUCACCAUGGCCAUCCAGCAGUCUCCCAGCAAGAUGCUGACACUGGCCGAGAUCUACCAGUGGAUAAUGGACCUCUUCCCUUUUUACCGACAGAACCAGCAGCGCUGGCAGAACUCCAUUCGCCACUCUUUGUCGUUCAAUGACUGUUUCCUCAAAGUGCCCAGGUCGCCGGAUAAACCCGGGAAGGGCUCCUUUUGGACUCUCCACCCGGACUCCGGGAACAUGUUCGAGAACGGCUGCUACCUGAGGAGGCAGAAGCGCUUCAAGUGCGACAAGAAGACCAUGAAGGAUCCCGGGCGCAAAGCGGGAGACGGCGGCUCCUCCAACAGCAGCUCAGAGAGCUGCAACGGCAACGAGUCGCCUCACUCCAACUCCUCCUCCAGCGACCACAAAAGGUCCCUGUCGGACAUGAAGGCGAGCCAGGCCCUGAGCCCGGAGCACGCCGCCGCCUCCCCGGUGUCGCAGGGGCAGCACCUCAUGUCUCAACACCACUCGGUGCUGGCGCACGAAGCGCACCUGAAGCCGGAGCACCACUACUCCUUCAACCACCCCUUCUCCAUAAAUAACCUCAUGUCCUCGGAGCAGCAGCAUCAUAAAAUGGACCUAAAGACUUACGAGCAGGUGAUGCAUUACUCCGGCUAUGGCUCCCCCAUGGCAGGGGCUCUUUCCAUGGGUUCGAUGGCGGGGAAACCCGGCCUGGAUUCUUCAUCCAUACCUGACACAACUUAUUACCAAGGCGUCUAUUCCAGGCCGAUCAUGAACUCCUCAUAAACUCUCUCUCCUCCCUACAGCCGAUGCGGACUUUCUUCCCCUUCAAUUUGUACAUUUGUAAAAAAACAAAACAAAAAAUAUAGAGUUUGUGUACAAUAUGUAUUUCAGAUAUUUUUGACGUUUCCCACCGUUUUAGUUGUCGAGUUUGUUGGUAGCCUAAUUACUUUAAGAGAGGAUGUUGAUGAUGUUGAUGACGAUGAUGUUGAUGAUGAUAAUAAUUCAAAAGUGAUGAUGAUGAUGAUGAUGAUGAUGAUGAUAAUGUGACGAGAUCUGUUCAGAAGUCGGCUUCAGGAAUGGACCCCAAAGACAAACUACAAGUUGCUGUAAAAUAGCCUCCAUCACGCAUACCUGGAUUCGUAAAUGAAUUUUAAUGCCUUGCAGGAUUUCUUCAAUCAUUUGUGUAAUUCCUAUUUAUGGCUUGUAUAUGUGUAUUCUUGUAGUGACAAGAACAGAAUCUAUAUUAAAGUGUUAUUGGUUUUGUUUUCUGAAUAUGAUGGUGUUUGACCCUUAUUGUAAUUAUCAUUAUUAUCAUUAUUAUUAUUAUUAUUAUCAUUAUUAUUAUUAUUAUUAUUAUUAUUAUUAUUAUUAUUGUAUAACAGCAGUCUGGCGGCAACAAGCGUCCCCUCUAUGAUAUGUU